GACGAUGCGGCGCCAGUCGUCGAGUCGCCGUGUUACCACGAGUACUUGCUCUCUCAUCGUAGCUCGCUGCGUCCCCAUUUAAAAAGGGUCGUGUCCUGCUCUGUCAGUAGGGGUUGCAGACCCGUGGAAAACUCGUCGGUUGUUUCAAUGUUCGUUUAUCUAAUAUUCAAUCAUCUUGAUCUGUUGGAUCUUAUAUUAAUAUUUCACUUAUCAACGAAAUAACAUCAUUCUCAUCGCGUGUUUUUUUCCAUUUUUUUCUCUUAUAUUUUUUAUUUCUUACAAAAAUAUGAAGGAUCAGUGUUCGAGAUUGAGAUCGUCUAGACACGAGUUUAUGAAUUCUCAAAUACAGUGGCUGUGCAUAGCUAUUAUAAUCGGAUGAAUUGUUCACUGCCGGUGAUCGUCUCAAUUAAAAAUUCGACUCAAGUUUGUGAAAAUAAUUGCUUUUGUAGAAGCAAUGCACAUCGAGAAAAUUAUUCGUAAUUGUGUGUCGCAGAUAAUGUUAUAAGAGAAUAACGUUUUCUCAGGAGACAGUAACACGCGAGCGAUCGGGCGCGUCUUUGCAGGUCGAGGACCUUUCGGUUUAAUUAUUCUUUUGAAAGAUAAUCCAAGAUUAAUUCUCAAUUAUUCGACGAUUAAAUAAUAAUAAUCAUGAUAAUAACGAAACGAAAAGGGCAUCGCGAGUAAUGAUAAUGCCCAUCAAAUUCAACUUCCAAAAGUCAACAUAGAAGAUCUUAUGAAAGAAUCUUAAUCAAUCUGAAAUUAAAGAAAAAAGAAAAAGAACUUUCGUAAAACAAGUUCGUAAAGAUGUUAUGCUUAGACAUGAAGCUUGUCUCUCGUUUGCGAGGAGUCUCGUUGACGAGUAGCUCAUCCACAAACGUGUCACCGGUCUCCUCUUUGGCGACCUCGACCUCAUCGACUGGUGUCGGUAUAGAAAAAUGCAAACGAAGCAAAGGAAGAAGAAAGAGCACUGGUGGUGGAAACGGGAGUUCGGUAACGGAGAGCGAUAGCGAGGAAGAAACAUUGCCGGCUGCGCAUGAGAUGAUGCGCAGAAACAGGUCGAGAUCGGUUUGUGUGUCUGCCUUGUCUUCCGCACAAUCAAGAUUCCUUCAUCGGCGGGCCAGUCAUCAUGUGUCUACCACGGAUGCCAUUUCCAGGCGAGGUGUUCUCUCCAGACGAUAUUAUGGCAGCGUCGAAAUGCUGCCGCAAAUCGAGCAAGACGGGUCUGACAAUGGAAGAAGAUUUCGAGUAGAGAAUGGUGAUUCCCUUGGCGAGAAGGAGGAAAUGUUCGGAUCACCGAGUACGCCGAUAUUGGAAAAUCCUGAAUAUCAGACUCGUUGGUACUUCAAGUACUUUCUCGGAAAACUGCAUCAAAAUUACGUUGCUGCGGAUCAAGAGAGAAAUCCUUUGUUUCUCUCAGUUGUGACAAGUGAAGUCAGUGAUCAAAGCGUACCACAUUACAGAGUUAUUUUAUGGCGAAAAACCGGCGCACAGAAGAUAUCGCUGCCAUACUCUGCAAACAAAACAAUGACAAUCAGGCAGAUCCUGAGUAAUUUCUUUGGACUGGAAAAGCUCGACAAGGCACCACGUGAAAUAUUUUCUCCAGAAAUUCAAAAGGAUCUGCUCUUGUUGGAAGAACAAGAAGGUUCUGUCAACUUCAAAUUCGGCGUGAUAUAUGCGAAAAAAGGACAAACAACCGAUGAUGAGAUGUUAUCUAAUGAAAAGGGUAGUCCAGGUUUCGACAAAUUUCUCGAAAUUCUGGGUGAGAGAAUACGACUAAAGAAUUGGGACAAAUAUCGUGGUGGUUUAGAUAUAAAAGGUGAUAUGACUGGAAAAGAAAGUUAUUAUACGGUAUACGCAGGACACGAAGUGAUGUAUCAUGUGAGUACAAUGCUUCCUUAUUCAAAGGACAAUCCACAACAGCUGGAGAGAAAACGACAUAUCGGUAACGAUAUCGUUAACAUCGUUUAUACGGAUGAUCCUAACGCCAUAGACAGUUUCAACCCGAAUUGCAUUAGAAGUCAAUUUACUCAUGUAUUUGCGGUGGUAUCGGCCGAAGAAAAUGAUAAAGGAUGGCGCGUGGCAAUUUAUUGCGACGAAAAUGUUCCUCUAUUCGGACCAAGCCUUCCUUGUCCACCUGUUUUUGAGGAUCCAUAUACUCUACGAGAAUUUCUUCUCGUGAAAUUAAUAAAUGGUGAAAAGGCUACGUUCAACACGCCAACAUUCGCUCAAAAAAGAGAAAGAACCCUAGAUGCUCUUCUUCGAGAUAUGUAUCAAGAACAUUCGCAAGAAAGUAAGAGCAACAGUAUGUUAAACCGACGAGCAUUGUCGGAUGUCGUGGAGGCUCCAGGUCGACGUCGCGAGGAGACACGUGCUGUGGAGAUGGUGCGCGUUGGCCAAGCAUUGAAACUGGAAGCAAUUGUCAGAGGUUUGGCGCCAACUUCUUUGGCCACGGCUGGCCCAUUGAAGCCAAGACCUUGGGAACCAAGAUGCAUCUAUCCUGAUUUCCCUCACGAGGUUGUCUGUGGAGAUGUUUGGCUGGAUAACAAAUUGAUCCUUGCUAGUGAGAAUGGAACUUUUUUAAUCGAAGAUAGCUUGUCUCAUAGGCUAAUCUUUGACGAAUCUGUGCAAAUAAAACAAUUAGAUGUAGUCGAACAACAUGGAAUAUUAUUAUUUCGUGCCGGCGACAAAGGCAAAGAAAGCAAUAUCUACGUUUUUCGUCUAAAAGAAUUCGAGAACAAUACGGCGAAUAGGUCAGCCGAAGUGUUGAACGAUCGUGAGGACGAUCAAGAGUACGAAGAUAAUGGCGACGAGGAUGAUGCGGAUGACGAUGCCGAUGAAAGCGAAGAGAAUGAUUACGACAAUUUCACGCGGGCUACUGCGAAAUUUAAACCAGUGAUCCAUCGCACUCAUGCUCGUGUUCGUCCCUUGGCUGUUCGAGGACGAGCCCAUAUAAAAGAAAGGAGAUUACCCAGAGCUCGGGGCUGUCAUUUAUAUGCCAUUACAAUGCCUGGUGGUUCCCACUUGCGCAUGUGUGCGGUAGUAGGACGACGUUUAACAGUUCUUCAAUGGAAACAUAAUGCUGCAUGGACCGCGUGGUGUUCUGCCGCAGACACAGACACUGUCGAGGGUUUUUUGCAUUUAAAAGACUUCAACGCUAGUGAAACCCCAUCGUUAGUAACGAUAAUUGAAAAUACAGAUUCGAACAAUGAAUGGACACUUUGCUGCGGUAUUCGACAUCAUUUUGAAUUGAUCUCAGCAUCUGGAAGCACAAGAAUUCUUCAUAUCGAAGGAAUGCCAAAACCACAUUUAGUAGCUGCAUUGGAUCUUUGCGAAGACGAGGAACCUGAAUUAUUACUUUGUUACAACAAUACGUGUCAUUUUCAAAAACUCCUGGAAGAAAAUACCGCACCAACGGAAUUCGAUUUUAAUUGGAAUUCCGUACCGGCAGCAAUAGCUUGUGCCUUUCCCUACGUGAUCGCCUUUACCAAUGAUACCAUGGAAAUACGAUUGAUAAUCAACGGAAAUUUGGUUCAUACGAUCGCCAUGCCAAAUUUAAAUCUAAUCACCUCAAAGCAAGACAUCUUCUUCGCUACAACAGCGCCGGAGUUUUUGCCAGGAAAAUGCGAAAGAAUCCGACUGGAUUCAAAGCCCCCAGACAAGGAGGAACCGGUUUCCAGUCCUCCUCCUUUCGCGCAAUCCUCGUCGUCUCGAUCUAAUCUGCAAAAUAAUCAGAGCGAUUGGAAACCAAUAAGAAUCUAUCAAAUACCAUUGCAAACAUUAUCGAGAAGUACUUUAUCGACUUGCUCGCAACGACGAUGUCCUAGUCCAGGAGAAUCAGAAAUCAUCUCCUCUGCACCACCAACCACUGAUAAAAGUUUUCUCAGUGUUGAACCUCACAGAGCAUUGAGCAGAUCAUGUAGCAGCAGUCCAACACCAACGCCGACGACUUUAAUUCCUCCACGGUUCAGAAAAUAGAUUAAAUCGCGAUCGAGAAGUUUCUUUUAAUGACGAAUUUCUUUAAAAGAUCGCAAGCUGUACCUGACGCUCGUGCCUCGGUAGGAUUGAUGAUGGGUAAUGCACAAUUCUAUGCAUUUAAAAAAAGUGUAGAACUUACUGCCGUUGCAAAGAGCAAUCGAGACAAGUUUGCUAUAAUAGAUAACGUAACCAUACGUGCAAGAAGUGCCCUUGAUGUUUUUUAAGUCAAGAGAAAUCUUUUUUGUUAGAUAUAUCUAUAUGCUUUUCUUCCAUAGUUUUUUAAUACAAACGCGUUUCUUUUUUUUUCUUUUUCUUUUUUUUUUGUCGAGCAACUCCUCGACAAUAUCAUAAACGGAUUAAAUUUAUAUUUCUGAAAA